AUGUCUGGUAGGCUCGAGUCGGGCUACUGCCCAGAAUUCGAGCGGUUCGUCCUUGAAAAUAGUCAAGAGGGUGUUGAUGGCAAUGGGAAGGCAGCACGCUACGUUCGACUCUCCGAUCAGAAACGCUUUUGGACUGUCCGGAAAAUUCAAGACGUACUCGAUCGGGCGCGUCCUACGAUUAAUAUCCCCCCGAAGAAGGUUCAGUCUGAGCUGCUUCUCAUCUUCUCAACACUGGUUUACAUCCAGGAGAUACACGCUCUCGAAUUGUUCCUCCCGGAAGAGAUAUUUAGCCGUCACCUCCCCCUGAAGGAAGAUGCCUCAAUCACGGGCAUGACUAAACCCGUUUUCAAGCAGUUUAGCAAAAACCAGUGGCUCUUCUGCCCGCUCAGUUUGCGGGGGAAUAAUGGCACCUACUUCCCUGGUACACCACACCGGCGCCCGUUAAUGGACCGUCAAAUCCUGCCCAUCCGGAAGUGGCCGGGUCCACUACAAAAUACUUGUACACCACUGAAGAGAGUCUACCUCGCUGAUUGGGACGAAAAUUUGGAUGAAGAUGGCGCUGGCCACAAGUCUACAAAGCUUGCGUUCAAGGUUUUUGAUGUCCACAGAGAUAUCCAGCCUUCCAAUAUCCUAGUUUUCGGCCAUUCGGAUGGGACCAUUACCCUAAAGCUCACAGAUUUCGAGUGCGCAGCUGUGGUCGACGAUGGUGAUGGUGAAGACGGGAGUUACCAUUACGAAGAUGGAAGCCGAAUAUACAGCGCUCCGGAAAGAUCCGGUUUCAAUGCAGUGGAUGGCGUAUCCCGCCACCUACAAUCUACCAUAUGGCAAAUAUUCGAGCUUGGAGCAGUGAUUAGCGAUUGUCUCAUCUGGGCAGCAUUUGGUAACAAGGGCCGCCAAGAGUACCGCGAAGACCGCAAAAGUGAACUUCAAUCGCGCCAACGUAAGGCCGACCCUGCAGGCUAUGAAUAUGCUUUUCACGACGGCUUCGAAGUCCUCGAAUGCGUGAGGAAGUGGCACGACGAUGCGAUUCAAGCACUGCCGCGCUACGCUCAUGCGGCCGAGUGUGCCAAGUUAGUGCUGGAGGAGUGCGUUCUAGUAAAGUCCGAGGACCGCCAAAAUCUCCCUCGAAAGGUGAACGAACUGUUCCAGAAACACCUCGAGGGACCCACGCCGCGAACACCGCCAUCUCGUUCUCAGUCUCUACCUUUCCCCUCACCCGUUUCCAGAACCUCAAACCAGAGAGCAACCUGGGGCUCUAGUUACUCACAUCAACAACAGCCCAAUUUUGAGAGGUCGACUCACCAACACCUGGAUACUACGGGAAAUACUGAAAACCCGUUCUAUAUCAGUCAAAGAGCUUCAGGUGACCCGGGAAUGGUGAUGAUGGAAACUUCUCCAGGACGAGGACGCCCGGUAGCGCUAUCUAGCGCGUCGCCCGUCCGUUUCGCUGAGAAACCCAAUACUUACCAGGUUCACUCUUCUUCCGUAUCUCCGCGACGCUAUGACGGUGCUCUGGCCCGAAGCCCCGAGCUGCUGAAUUCACGCCAGCAGUCCAUGACUUCAGCCAAUCGACCGCGAGACCUGGCACCUCGGGAAGUAUCGCGAACACACCCCAUACAGGCUGAGACUGCGUGGCAGGAAGAGGAACUCCAAGAAAGCCACCAGACGAGCCGGGAUAUGAGGAGGAAAUACGGUUACCACGCUACCCAGCCUAACCCACCCGAACGGACUCGAGAGGAGACAAGCCACUCAACUUCCACAAAAACCUGGCAUCCUCACAACAGCUCCCGUUCAACCCGAUCCGGUUCAACUCUGCCUAGUUCGCACACGGCCCAACCUCCCAUUCCCAUGCAGCCGCUGGACAAGUCUACCGUUCAGCACAUACACGAGGCAAAGCAGCAAGGCAGAGAUAUCUCGGAUUGGGAUGUCUCUAGGGAAAUCCGGAAGCACCUCGGAAAACGCGAGGUCGUCUUGUUGAUUGAUGACUCGUCACAUAUGGAGCAACAUCACAAGGACAUGGUGAUUACGUUGGGAAGUUUGUUGCUGCUUACCAAGGAAACGGACCCGAACGGUCUCGAGGCCUAUUUGACAUCGGACCCUCACAGGCGAAUUAAGCCGUUUAGACCACUCGGGAUGGGACUUAAAAAACUGGACGAGGUCGUACGUGACAAAUUAAGCAGUGGCGGUGGCCCAGAUAGAUGCAUUAUGGAAAAGGCUCUCUCUGUCGUCCUGGACCGUAUUAUGCCGUCCAAGUGGAGGUUCAAGCCCACAACGCUGUUGGUGAUGACGGACGGAGAUUGGAACGACGAUUGGCACGAAGGACAGUCCGCUCGUUGCGGGUCGGAAAAGCCAAUCAUUGAUGCGAUCAAGCGUUUAAAAGAUUGGAAAAAGUUGAGAUUCGACCUUUCCAUACAAUUUAUCCGAUUUGGUCACCAUUCUGAAGGGAUUCGUCGGUUGGAGCACUUGGACAACUUCCUUCGAAGCUCCGAAGAGUUCGAAUCAUGGGAUAUCGUCGACCACAAACAUUUUCUUAGUUCGGUGGACCUCAUUCUCCUCGGCGCAGCAAGCCCAAACGCGGACAGCGCACCCCACACACCGCCGUGGGUCAUCGCCGAACAGCAACAAACAAGUGCUCUGCAACAGUGA